AUGACCUGGAAGAACAACGGCCUAAUGCUAAUGUGCAGAUUUCUUCUGUUACUGAUUUUAUUUCUGCCACGUGAGAUGACAAGUUCUAUUUUAACCGUGAAUGGUAAAACUGAGAACUAUGUUCUGGACACUCAGAUUGGCUUCCAAGAAUCUCUGAGAUGUGCUGUUCAAAACCACACCAAUGAGGAAGAACUUCUCUGGUACCGAGAGGCGGGCACAGUGGAUUUGAAAUCUGGAAACAAAAUCAACUCCAGCUCUGUCUGUGUCUCUUCCAUCAGUGAGGAUGACAAUGGAGUGACCUUCACCUGCAAGCUGCAGAGGAAUCAGUCGGUGUCCAUCUCAGUGGUGCUGAACGUCAUUUUUCCUCCUCUCCUAAGUGGAGACGACUUCCAAACUGUUGAGGAAGGGAGUAAUGCAAAUUUGGUUUGCAAUGUGAAAUCCAACCCCCAGGCUCAAAUGAUGUGGUACAAAAACAGUAGCAUCCUGAAUUUAGAGAAAAACCAUCACCAAGUCCAACAGACAAGUGAGUCUCUUCAACUGUCGAUCACCAACGUCAAGAAAUCUGACAAUGGAACCUACAACUGUAUUGCAAAUUCAACUUGGAGAGUGGAGACCAAAGACUUUCACCUCAUUGUCAAAGAUAAAGCUGUGGUUGUACCAAAAGAACCCAUUAUUGCUGCCUGUGUUGUGAUCUUUCUGACACUGUGCUUUGGAUUGAUUGCUAGAAGAAAAAGAAUAAUAAAGCUCUGCAUAAAGGAUAAAGAUUCUCAGGGAGAAACAGCUCUGUAAGUACUUUGG